GUGCGAGAACGUACAUUGCGCCCACGGUGGUAUCUGCAUGGUCGACCCCAGUGGCCAGACUGUGUGCCGCUGCCCCGUGGACUGCCCUCCUGUCUUCUCGCCUGUUUGUGGCACUGACAGCAAGACUUACAACAACAUGUGUUCCCUCAGGCUCUACUCCUGCAACAACAAGAAAACCAUCCUUGUCCAGCAUUCCGGAGAGUGUGACUCACGGGACCCAUGCCAGAACCGCUCCUGCCCACCGGGUGCCCGUUGCAUCCCUUCACCAGAUGGUCAGUCCGCCAGCUGCCUGUGUCCCAAGCACUGUCCCGUCUACAGCCAACACCUCGCCCUCAACCCCAUCUGUGGCACGGACAACAGAGACUACCGUGACCAGUGCGAGAUGCACCGCACGGCCUGCGAGCAGGAGCUCAUAGUCAACGUCAAGUACGAGGGCCACUGUGAUCCCUGUGCCACCAAGGAGUGCGCUGCGCCCGAAGUGUGUCAGCUGGAUGAAGACCGCCAAGCCGUCUGCCGCUGUGGCGAAGUUUGUGACGAAGAGUUAGCUCCGGUUUGCGGAUCUGAUGGAAACACUUACGCCAACGAGUGUUCACUGCGACUCGAGGCUUGCCGUCUUAAGAAGUCAAUCCGAAUCAUCUUCAGAGGCACCUGCAGUUCUGGUGUAAACCCUUGCAAAGGUGUUGAAUGUUCUUUUGGAGAGGAGUGCACGAUCUCCAAGUUCGGGAUUGCGCAGUGUGAGUGUACGACCUCGUGUGAGCCAGUGGUGCGCCAGGUCUGCGGCUCGGACGGCAAGACCUACGACUCCGAGUGUCAUUUGCGAAAAGCCAGCUGUUUAGACAGAGCCGACUUGUCCGUGGAGUACAACGGUCCUUGCGAUGCAGAGGGGGGCUGCAAGAAUAUUAUUUGUGAGCAUGGAGGAGUAUGUGUCUUGAGGAAAGGAGAACCGGUGUGUGAGUGCCCCUCCUGCCCCCUUCAGUACAACCCAAUCUGCGGCUCUGACGGUUUGGCGUAUAGAAACCUGUGCGAGCUUCGAGCUUCUUCUUGCCGCCAGACGAAAAACAUUGAAACCGUCCAUCAAGGAGUUUGUAAUGGCUGUGAAACAAAGACUUGUGGAUAUUUUUCAACCUGUGAAACUGACAAACUAGGAGUUGCUCAAUGUGUGUGUGUAGAAAACUGUCCCAAGGAUGAAGCCCCUGCUCCGGUCUGUGGAAGUGAUGGGGUAACCUAUGAGAAUAUAUGCGAACUUCGUAAAUUUGUGUGUGAAAGCAAGUUACCUAUAGAACUAGAUUAUGAAGGAGACUGUGAACUGUGCCUUGAUGUGCAAUGCAAGUACGGUGCUAGAUGUCGUGCAGGAGUCUGCAUCUGCCCAUCUGCGUGUCCUGAUGAGUUAGACGAGCCUGUCUGUGCUAGCAACAUGAUGACCUACAAGAAUGAGUGUGACAUGCAGAAACACGCCUGUGCCUUGGACCCUCCGGCAAUGCUAACUGUCAUAUUUUUUGGAGCUUGCAGUAUUAAACUGAAACCUAGUCAUUUAAAGCCGCCACUGAGUAACAAGAGUGCCUCAACUACAGUACCCAGUGUACCUCGAAAUCCAUGCUUGGACAUACAAUGUGACUUUGAGGCCACCUGCGAAAUCGGGAUGGAUGGCUUCCCCCGCUGCUCCUGCCUACUGGACUGUUCCCAGUCCGAGCUGACUCACAUCUGUGGCUCUGACUUCCAUAUCUAUAACUCCACAUGCGCCAUGAAGAUGGAGGCUUGUCAGCGCCAGAAGGAAAUCAGGCUGCGGCCAUUGGACCUGUGCAAUGGUAUGGAAGUGAAACCAUGUAAUGGAGAGGGAGCUGUGGUGGAUUCAGAGACAGGAGAGGAGUUGGACUGUGGUAGCGGACCUCGGCGUCAGGACUGUCCCUUGGACAGUUACUGCCAUCAGACUCCACACUUCGCCAAGUGUUGUCCGAAAGAGGCUGGAGUGUACCUGAAGAGCUGCCAGGAUUCCUGGUAUGGAUGCUGCCCAGACAAGAAGACUCCUGCUCAGGGACCUGGACAUCUGGGCUGUCCUUCCUUGUGUGGUUGCAACAAAAUAGGAUCAUACUCCGAAGCUUGUGUGGGGGAGACGGAGCAGUGCCAGUGCAAACCAGGGGUGGGGGGACUUAAGUGUGACCGUUGUGAACCUGGUUUCUGGGGACUGCCAAAGAUCACCAGUGGCUACCAAGGAUGUUUAACUUGUGCAUGCUCUACUCUGGGCUCUGUGCGUGAAGACUGUGAGCAGAUGACAGGCCGCUGUGUUUGUAAGCCCGGGGUCCAGGGACACAAGUGUGACACUUGUGUGGACAGCCAGCUCACCCUUACAGCUAACGGAUGCACCUUAGAGGUGGAGAGCACUACCACCUCAGUGUGUGAUGACAUCAGCUGUUUUUAUGGUGCAGCCUGUGAGGAGACUCCUGAUGGUCCUCAAUGUGUCUGUACAUUGACCUGUCCUGAUGACGAUCUUCAAGAAAUGGUGUGCGGUGAUGAUGGGAAACUGUAUGCCUCAAAAUGCCAACUGAAACUAUUUGUGUGUCAAGUUCAGAAACAGAUCGAAAUUGAAGACAUGACCUAUUGUGCUGAUGAUGUGAUAUCAGUAACUGAACUACCAUUAAAACAGUGGACUUUGGCUGAUACUUUCACAGAGAUUGAAGAAAUAAGCUCUUCAUUAACAAAGUCUGUUCGACAUUUGUUUAUACCACAACCAAAACGCCCACUGCACCGGAUUGGACCAGGUAUGCUCCCACCUCCAGAUACUAUUAACACCCCAGUCACAGUCCACAUGCAGCAUUCCCUCAUUGGAGAUAAGUGCCUUAAUGACAGAGACUGUACAGUUGAAAACAGUAUUUGUAUCCAUGGCAAGUGUUCUUGCCUUCAACAAUUCACACGUUCUACUGAUCGGCAGGCGUGUUUAAAUUUUUUAAACAACUGUGGCUUAAAUCCCUGCAACAAUGGGGGAACAUGUGAGAUAUCUGAGUUGACAGGGUUGCCAACAUGUUCCUGUCCCAAAGGCUUUCAAGGAACAUUUUGCACAGAAAGGCUUGUUCCUAAGAGUGAGCUUUACUAUAAACUGUGAAGUACCUGCGUUUAAUGGACAUUCGUAUCUGCGGCUGAAAGAACUGUUGGCUUACUUCAAUUUCAGCAGUAAGAUCGAGUUAAAGAGUAGUGAAGGAGUUUUAUUUUUUAGCCAACAGCAUUCAAAUGAAACUGGAGACUUCAUUUCUCAUGCUUUAGUUGAGGGAUUUGUUGAAUUCAGAUUCAACUUUGGAAAUGGAAUGUUUUCUUUAAAAGUCAACUGAUAAAAAGCUUCAAAUAUCACUAAGUGGUAGCCAAACGUCACCAGUAGGAUGAAUUUCUGCAACUUGAUAACCCAAAAUUAGACUCUGACCAAUCUAUUGGCAAUACGAAGUGUUUUAGAAUUACAAAGGAUGUUUUAUUGGUUACAGACCACAACAUAUAACAGUAUUGCAACGAUUGGCAUGAAGUAAAUGAUUCUGUUCAAGAAUGUCCGAUAAUGAAACUCCAGGACUGCAUCUGGGAAUAAAAAAUUAUGAAAAACAAUUAACUUGUCAAAAAGCAAGAACAGAGUUCUCAAAUCAACAUUUAAUAUUUUUGAGUCCACAAGAAAUCCAUGUUUUGGCCAUUCUUGGAAAAAAUAAUCCAACAUACAAACCGGACACACAAUUACUGAUGCUACUACCAGCGUUACUAUGCAGGUAUGCAAAAACAGUACCAGCAAUAACCACUGAGAAAGCUAAACAUGCUCAGCAAGUAGCAAUAGACAAGAUAUCGUCAACAAUUGAUUUAACUCUGUGCAAUGAUCCAGCUUUAACUGAUCCCCUAUAACUACUGCUUAAUCAAUGUCAACUGUUACUUAAGUGGAUCGUAAUGUUGUUAGAAAUAAAAAUUAUUGUUUAGAGAUCUUUGGUAAGAAAUAUGUUAAGAUUUUAUAAAUGCUUUUAUUUUUAUA